AUGAGAAGCAACGGGGUGAAACCAAACUCGAAACACCCGAGGAGCGUGAUAAAGUCGACCCACAAUAAAAGAUCUCAAGGGAAGAUCAUUUGUGGAACUGGAAUGAACUUGGUUUUUGUGUCGGCUGAGUGUGGCCCGUGGAGCAAAACGGGCGGGCUCGGUGAUGUUGUUGGGGGACUUCCUCCGGCUAUGGCUGCAUAUGGGCACAGAGUGAUGACUGUUUCUCCGCGUUAUGAUCAGUACAAAGAUGCUUGGGACACUUGUGUUCAUGUCGAGAUAAGAGUCGGAGAUAAAAUUGAGACCGUCGGAUUCUUCCAUUGCUACAAGCGUGGGGUUGACCGUGUUUUUGUUGAUCAUCCGAUGUUUCUUGAGAGGGUGUGGGGAAAAACUAAAUCGAAGAUUUAUGGUCCUAAUGCUGGAACGGAUUACCCGGACAACCAACUGCGGUUCAGCUUACUCUGCCAGGCUGCUUUGGAGGCUCCUAGAGUUUUGAACCUAACCAGCAGCAAAUACUUCUCAGGACCAUAUGGCGAGGAUGUUGUUUUCAUUUCCAAUGAUUGGCACACUGCUUUGCUUCCUUGCUACCUGAAGACCUUAUACCAAUCGAGGGGAAUUUACGUGCAUGCCAAGGUGGCCUUCUGUAUCCACAACAUUGCCUAUCAGGGAAGGUUUGCAUUUGCAGACUUCAACCAACUCAACUUACCUGAUCAGUACAAAAGCUCCUUUGAUUUCAUGGAUGGGUAUGAGAAGCCUGUCAAGGGAAGGAAAAUCAACUGGAUGAAAGCUGGAAUCUUGGAAUCGGAUAGAGUUCUUACCGUGAGCCCUUACUAUGCUCAAGAACUCAUUUCAGGUGUCGAUAAAGGAGUCGAGUUGGAUAAUAUCCUCCGUAAGACUUGUGUGACGGGUAUUGUGAACGGCAUGGAUACUCAAGAAUGGAAUCCAGCAACAGAUAAAUACAUCAACUGUAACUAUGAUAUCACCACCGUUACAGAUGCUAAGCCUCUGUUGAAAGAAGCUCUUCAAGCAGAAGUCGGGUUGCCUGUCGAUCGAGACAUACCCGUCAUCGGUUUCAUUGGCAGACUCGAGGAACAGAAAGGCUCGGACAUUCUUGUUGAGGCUAUUUCGAAUUUUAUCGGGAUGAAUGUCCAGAUUAUCAUUCUUGGAACCGGUAAGAAGAGGUUUGAGCAGCAGAUUGAGCAGCUUGAGGUGUUAUACCCUGGUAAAGCUAUAGGGAUCGCCAAAUUCAACGUGCCUUUAGCCCACAUGAUAACUGCUGGUGCUGAUUUUAUGUUGGUCCCAAGUAGAUUUGAGCCUUGUGGCCUCAUUCAGUUACAUGCCAUGCGAUAUGGAACGAUACCCAUUUGUGCCUCGACUGGUGGCCUUGUCGACACCGUGAAAGAAGGAUACACUGGGUUCCAUAUGGGUGAUUUUAAUGUCGAGUGUGCCACAAUUGACCCUCCGGACGUGCUAAAAAUAGUAAAAACUGUCGGUAGAGCUCUAGCCGUGUAUGGUACACUCACCUUCAAAGAAAUGAUCCAAAACUGCAUGUCACAGGACCUUUCUUGGAAGGGACCCGCGAAGAAAUGGGAAAAGCUGCUUCUAAGCCUGGGUGCUGCCGGUAGUGAGCCCGGCAUUGAAGGUGAGGAAAUUGCUCCACUCGCAAAGGAAAACGUUGCAGCACCUUGA